AAGUGUGAGGCAUAUCGCGAUGACAGACUGUUAACGUAAUUGUUUUGUUUUAGGGAAAUUUUUAGAGGUUAUAGUAUAUAAGUAUAUAUUGUGGAUGUUGAGUUUAUAAAAUAGUGGUUAUGGGAAAGAGAGAUUAUUGCGACCGGUCAUUCAUUGAUGAUUUAGAGGCUAGGAAGAAACAUUUAAAUGGAUCAAUGCACAUGAGACUAAGAAAAGAACAUUACGAUUCCUUUAGGGACCCUCAAACGUUACUGGCCGAAGAAUCUGCAAAAGAACCCUGCAAAAGAUUUCUUCAUACCGGAGAAUGCGUUUUUGGCUCCAACUGCAGAUUUACCCAUUUUUCUCGUGAACAACUUCAGGAUCUUACAGCAAAGCAGAAGUUAUUGAGUACAGUUGCAGUUCGAGUGUUAACUCCAGCUGUAAGUCGAUGUUACUCUCAUCUGCUUGCACAGUGGCAGUAUUCAGCCUUGGGUCCCCUGCUGUCUGUUUUGUCAGACAGUUUUUCCACGCUGUCCAGUUCAGAGUUCACACAGCUAAUGCCAGAGUUCAGAGCCUUCUUCAUAUCAGCGCUGCAGUUCCGAGCAGAUUGCUCUGCUGAGGACCCUGAUACACCUGUUUUACCAGAUGACAUUGCACAAGCAGAGGGUUAUGUAGUGGAUGCUCUUGUUGCUCUUGUACUGAAACUCUCCGAGUCAGCAUUCCGUCCCCUGUAUUACACUUUGUUUCACUGGGCCACCAGUUCUGAUGCUCACAAGGAUCGUGCUGUAACGUUCUACAGGUAAAUAUUAUUAUGUGGCAGUGAGAUAAAUGUGAUUCAUGUAUUGAGGCUAUACAGAUCAGUAUUUCUAGUGACAUGAGUCUUCAUGUGUGAUAAUUAUCAAGUGCAUUUAUUUACAUUCAUUUUUAGCCUACUUUCUCAUCUGUCAUUAUGUAUAUCGCAGGUAAUUACAUAUCGGAAGAGAAUACAGUUGGAGUUGGAGGUAUUCUUGAAUCAUUAUUACAGUGUCUACCCCUGCAGAAAGAAAUUUUUUGUCAAAUUUCAUAUCUUAUUAUAACUAUACCUGUCUUUCUCAAAUAAUUGAGGUUACCUAUUUUUAUGGUCUUUAUAUUUAACAGAUUUAUGUAGAAAUUGGAAUGAGCCUUAUGCUAGUUAUACAAGAGAAGAUAAAACCUAUAAUGCCAUUAUUGUCAUCCAUCUAUGUCCUAGUCUCCCUUAAAGUUUGAUCCAGUUGAGAAUUGUAUAACUUGAUAUGAACAUCAUGCCACUGGAGGUCAGCGUAAUCUGUGUAUAUGUUAAUAUCAUGCCGUCUAGAAAAAUAACAUGGCGGUAGUGUGAUGAUAUAUGGUGAGAGAGACCAUAGCACCACUUGAAAAAAUAUGCUUUUUCUUUUAAUUGAAGGUUUGUUGUUUUAGGUUAUGUAGAAUCUGUACAUCUCUGAAUUAUGCAUUGAAGUUGGUCACCAAAUCAUUAAGUAAUAUUAUUAAUUUCUGGUUCUUGCAUAGUUAGCAAUAUUGAAAUAUGUGAACAAAAGUAGGCAUUAUAAGUUUUUCCCAGACUUUCUUAUUAAUGUACCAGUCAAUACUAUGUUCUUAUUUGUUACUUUCAGUUUGUUUUCUAGUUUCUGUGCUAGGGUAUUUCAGUGAUUAGGCUGUGGACUGGAUGACUGAGUUCAAUUCCCAGCAAAAUCAAGAGAUUUUUCUCUUCUCCACAAUGUCUAGACUGGCUCUAGGGCCAAUCAUUCAUUGUUGUGUUACAACAGAUCCCAAAAGAGAAUUGUAUACAAGGGGCAGUCAAAAAGUUCCCAGAAUGGUGGUAUAGCACUCUAAUGGUAGGAUAUAUGGCAAUGUGUAC